GCCACAUUUGGUUGAGUCCAAGUAUCCAGCAGAUCCAAGAUGGCGUACUGAGCAGCGAUGUGCUGAAGUUCACUUUUAACUCCAAACAUUGAAGCUGGUUAUCACUCAUUCCUUUAUUCGGAUUGGUGUCUGUUGAGAACGAAUACAGGGGGCCUCCAAGAUUUGGAUUAGAAGGUUUUCAGACCCGCAGUGUUUUCUAGGUGUCCUUUUCUGGGAUGUCCAGGGCAGGUGGCCUGGGGGGGCUCAGCCCCGAAACACAGACCAUCAGAACAAAUCAUUCCAGUGCUUAGAGACUACACAGGCCUCUAAAGAUGCACACGUCCACGUGUAGACACUCCUGCACUGCUGCAUGAAACAGACGUCCCCUGCACUGGAAUCAGUUUUUAUUGAACCAACGUGUUUUUCUCCCUCUUCAACCCCCCAAUAUUGACAUUCCAUCAAACGGAUAAUAAUCCAUCCAUGUAUUUUGCAGUGCGGAGCUACCAGUGGAGCACGGGUAAUGGAUGCUGCUGGCCAUGGUGACUUAGAGUAAAUGGCUCUUCCUCGGCACAGAUCAGUGCUAGUCUCUACUGCUCAAUCUUCCUCCUCCACUCCCCCCUCCUCUCCCCCCUACUCCACCUCUCUGCUCUCCUUUCCUGUACACCGCUGCUGCUUGACCAGUCCUUCCCCCCCCCUCCAACACCAUGGUAGGUGCAGGCUUGGGUGUUUGGAAGCUAAUGCGAGGUGUCCGCCAGCUGGAGCUUCACCGCCUUAUCCUGGCACUCAUCAUCUUCUGCUUACUGUCCAUGGCCUUCCUAGCUUACUAUGUCUCCAACAGCCCAAAAAUCAAGGAGGCCCCCCCUUUACCCUUUAGUGACUGUGGUGGAGGAGGGGGGAUUUCACCGGGUGUGAGUACUGGGGACGCCGGAGGGGGGCCAGGUAUCCAGAGGGCCCCGCUAUUUCUUCCUCAGCGCCAGGGUCGACUACGACAGGUGAAAACGGUGGACAUUUCCAGGACAGACCCCGUGGUUCUGGUGUUUGUUGAGAGCAUCUACUCCCAGCUGGGCCAGGAGAUUGUAGCAAUACUGGAGUCGAGCCGCUUCCACUACCGGACUGAGAUCGCUCCUGGUAAAGGAGACAUGCCCACAUUGACGGAGCAUAACCGUGGGCGUUACACGCUGAUCAUCUAUGAAAAUGUGCUGAAAUAUGUCAAUCUGGAUGCGUGGAACCGUGACUUGCUGGACAAGUACUGCGCCGAGUAUGGAGUAGGAGUCAUUGGCUUUUUCAAAGCAAAUGAAAACUCUCUUCUCAGUGCACAGCUCAAAGGCUUCCCCCUCUUCCUUCACUCACACCUGGGUCUCAGGGACUACCGCAUCAACCCCAACGCCCCUCUACUCUUCAUCACCAAGCCCAACCAGGUGGAGCAAGGCCCUUUACCGGGGGACGACUGGACCAUUUUCCAGUCGAACCACUCUACCUACGAACCAGUGCUUCUGGCCAGCACCAAGUCCUCCGAAGCACUGUCUCAUUUUGGAGCUGGCCCCCUGCGGGCCCUCCACGCCACAGUGGUCCAAGACUUGGGGCUCCACGAUGGCAUUCAAAGAGUUCUCUUUGGAAACAAUCUCAACUACUGGCUUCACAAACUGGUGUUUGUGGACUCCAUCGCCUACCUGACGGGGAAGAGACUGUGUUUGUCCUUGGACCGCCACAUCCUGGUGGAUGUGGAUGAUAUAUUCGUUGGCAAGGAGGGAACCCGUAUGAAGGUGUCAGACGUGGAGGCACUGCUCAACACUCAAAACAAGCUGAGAGCGCUGGUCCCCAGUUUCACCUUCAAUUUGGGCUUUUCUGGAAAGUUCUAUCACACAGGUACCGAUGAAGAGGACCGGGGGGAUGACAUGCUGCUGCAACACAGGAUGGACUUCUGGUGGUUCCCUCACAUGUGGAGCCACAUGCAGCCGCACCUCUUUCACAACGUCAGUGUCCUGGCUGAGCAGAUGAGGCUCAACAAGGUCUUUGCUCAGGAGCAUGGCAUCCCCACAGAUAUGGGCUAUGCAGUGGCCCCGCACCACUCCGGGGUUUACCCAGUUCACAGCCAGCUCUAUGAGGCCUGGAAGUCUGUGUGGAGCAUCAAGGUGACUAGCACUGAGGAGUACCCUCACCUGAGGCCAGCCCGGUACCGCCGCGGCUUCAUCCACAACGGCAUCCAGGUGCUGCCCAGGCAGACCUGUGGGCUGUUCACCCAUACCAUCUUCUACAACGAAUACCCAGGAGGCUCCAAGGAGCUGGACAAGAGCAUCAGAGGAGGAGAGCUCUUCCUCACCGUCCUUCUCAACCCUAUCAGCAUCUUCAUGACCCACCUGUCCAACUACGGCAACGACCGGCUGGGUCUCUACACUUUCGAGUCUCUGGUGAAGUUUGUCCAGUGUUGGACCAACCUCCGGCUGCAGACCCUUCCACCCGUCCACCUCGCAGAGAAAUACUUCCAGAUCUUCCCCGAGGAGAGAGACCCGCUCUGGCAGAACCCUUGUCAUGAUAAGAGACACAAGGAUAUCUGGUCUAAAGAAAAGACAUGCGACCGACUGCCCAAGUUUCUCAUCAUUGGACCACAGAAAACAGGCACUACAGCACUUCAUUCAUUCCUGAGCCUCCACCCAGCAGUCACCAGCUCCUUCCCCAGCCCCAACACCUUUGAGGAGAUCCAGUUCUUCAGUGGAGCAAACUAUGACAACGGGAUAGACUGGUACAUGGACUUCUUCCCAUUCCCUUCCAACGUCAGCACAGAUUUCAUGUUUGAAAAGAGUGCCAACUACUUUGACACAGAGGCGGCUCCUAAGAGAGCUGCUGCCCUGCUGCCCAGAGCCAAGGUCCUGGCUGUGCUCAUCAACCCAUCAGACAGAGCUUACUCCUGGUACCAGCACCAGAGGGCCCACCAGGACCCUGCAGCCCUCAACAACACUUUCCAUGCAGUAGUGAAAGGCGGCCCCUCGUCCCCCAGAGACCUGCUGGCCCUUCAGAGACGCUGCCUUAACCCCGGAGCCUACGCUCCUCACCUGGAGCGCUGGCUGCAGCACUACCAGCCCACACAGCUGCACAUUGUGGACGGAGCUCUGCUGCGCUCCAACCCAGCGCUGGUGAUGGAGGAAAUCCAGAGAUUCCUCGGGGUCACUCCCAUCUUCAACUACACCCAGGCUCUAAUGUACGAUGACAGCAAAGGUUUUUGGUGUCAGCGUGUGGAGGGAGGUCGAGCCAAAUGUCUGGGGAAGAGUAAAGGCAGGAAGUACCCAGAGAUGAGUCCUGAGUCCCGUGCCUUCCUGACUGAGUACUACCGUGAGCACAACAUGGAGCUGCUGCGUUUGCUGAAUCGGUUGGGCCACCCGCUGCCGUCCUGGCUCCGCCAAGAACUCCAGAGCACGAGCUGGAGCUGAGGCCACGAGCUCUCGCACACAAAAACACACAUACAGACAUGCGACAGGAAGGCUGGGACUGGUGUCUGGGUGAGCCAACACUCGGCUCUGGAUGAAACUGGAUUGCCUGAUCUGGGAAUCACCCAGAGAGGAGGUGUUGUCCCUGCUGCAGAGGAUCCCAGAGGACAGCAUUAGUGGCUCUGGUCCCCCAGUGUGUGUGUGUGUGAGAGAGUGUGUGUGUGUGUGUGAGAUUGUGAGUGUAAGUGUGAGUGUGUGUGGGGGACAGGCUGACACUGAACGCUGGUCUGUUGUGGAUCCACAGAACUAUAAAGGGCAGGUCAGCCUUAAUGUGAGUGCUAUUGUGUAUGACCCGUUACAGACACACGCAUCCACCUGCAGGUUCCUGUCCUCCGCACACAUGUGAAGGGUGAAGCUGUGUGAUGAUGAUGACAGGUGGAUGUAAAUACCAUGUGAUGGAUGUGCUGCAGGCUCCGCCCACACGGUCAGCCAGCAGCUGUCUCACUGUCCUCUCACUGAGCUAAGGGUUCUGACCGAUGGUGGACUGCUCUCCACGUCGGCUCGAGUCUCCACGUCUAAUCUCCAGGUUUUUAAUGUAAGGUUGAUUAAAUAUUAGCUUUUAACUUACUUAGCAUAUGAUGACCAGUAUAUAUGUGGACCACGCAGCAGACUGCUGAGCAAAGGUUGUUCUGUACCUCCACGUUGUCUACUUAUUUAAACUGUGAUUCUGAAGAAAGCUUCCAAACCUCUGGGGCAGAACCUCCAGAACCUUGUUAUAAUGUGAUUUCAUAUCGUUAAGUAAUGAUUGGCCUGCUUAUGUUGGGGAUCUUGUGUCCAUGGAAACAGUUUGCAGUUUAAUUUCUGGAGGCUUCCCCUACUCCACAGCAGCUGGGGCUCAUGGGUAAUGUAGUAUAAAGGGUCAUUAUAUUAUAUUCAAACACGCAGUCAGAACAAUGGUGGGUGCAUUCUGAGCCCCCUUCACCCCACCCUGCAUGGCGACCUGUCAUUAAAAACUGAAGGAGUUCUUAGAAUUAAAGCAGUCUCAAAACAUGUUCAUACUGCCAUAGAAACUUCUCCAGCUUAGGCUGAGAUAACCAAUUUCCACAGACACAAGACUAACAUGAACUUAACCGACGUGGACAGUGGGGACACAGUGGAGACACAGUGGAGACACAGUGGGGACAGUGUUACUGGUGUUACUGUUACUGCAGUGAGUGCGGUGAAGUGGCUGCUGCUGACGGUGUGUGCUCCACAGGGGGCGGGCUGAGAGAACAGCAGGAGAACCUUCACUAGUCAAUGAUCUUCUGAAAACCUAAGGACUGCUAAACACAUACUCACCCCCCCCCCACAAACACUCACACUCUUGUCUCCACCGGACCGUAAGGCAGGGUGUCAGUGUGUGGAGACGACCAGGAGCUGCUGUUAGUUUUCUGUUUGUUUUGUAUAAUUGUCAGAAAGGCCAACACUGUAUCAUCUCUAAUAAACACAGAGAGGUUGGA